AUCGCCGCCCCUGCCUAUUAUACUAGCGCAUGGAAGUUUAAUGUCAUGUGAUAUCAAAUAUUUCCCUUUGUGUUCUCUAAUAUAUAACCGUUAGUAUAUCUCAUACAGAUUUGCGUGUGAUUUUAUUACUUGUAAAUAUUUAUAAUUAUGUUUAUCCAAAACAGCAACAUGACUUUCGGUUUCGUCUAUAAACAUUUAUAAUUGGUUCCCGAACCUAUAUUUCAGUUUUGAUUAGUAAUUUAAAAUAUAAUAACCACUAUUUUUUAAGGAAAGAAAAUCCGAGCACCUUUUCACAGCUCAAAACGAGGCUGACCGUCUGCAGCAAAGGAUAAACAUUUGUUUAUGCUUCUAUGAGCGUGAGUUAGCAUUAUAUUCAAGAGCGAUAUAUUAUUAUCCGACAAUUAAAGGUGUACCGUUCCUUUUUUAGAGGUAAUAUAUUGACGUCAUGGCAAACGGCUCUAUCUUGUACCCAUUGCUUUUCGCUUGUCUCCUCGUCAGCUCGUCCUUUCAAUCUUUACAUCGACACGAUGGAGAUUCGGCGAUGCCAUCCUUAACACUGGACAUGGACAAAUCUUUCCAUGGAUGUGAUCAGAACCUUGAACUAAAAGAAGCUUCUUGCAGCGAUAAAGGCCUGGACACGGUUCCCCAGAAUCUUUCUCAGGAUACCGAGGUGCUUGACUUAUCUAAGAACAAUAUCGCCAAACUCUUGAACUCCUCGUUUGAAGAAUACCCUCUAAUCAACUCCUUGGACAUUUCUUCUAAUGAUGUAAGAGCGAUAGAAUCCGCCGCUUUUUACCCUCUCAAGGGCUUAAUGUACCUGUCUCUAUCCUUCAACCCGCGUCUUGUGCUUCCAGCAACAGGCGUGUUUAUGAUGUCUUCACAGCUUUCCAUUCUCGAUUUAACGUCAUCAAACUUGAAGUCGCUCCCCGAUGACAUUCUAAAAUGGAGUCUACAUCUAGAUACUGCAUAUUUGUGGUUCAACCAGCUCUCCUUCGUCAAUGUAAGUUCUUGUGGCAUGGCCGACACUGUACUCAUGACUGGUAAUCGACUACAACACCUUACGGCGAGAGAUUUCACCUUUGUGUGCCACACUGAUACUCUAGAUCUUAGAGAAAACCCUAUCCAAUCAGUAGACCCUCAUGUGAUCGCAUCACUACAUGUUCGCUCGUUGGUGCUAGGUGGCUACAAUUUAAGUUACGAGGUGCUAGCGAACAUCAUCCUCGGAAUCUCACAAUCAGACAUCGAACAGCUCACAAUCAUGAAAGGAUCCGUUGGUGCGUUUCCUGAAGAUUUCUUUGAUCCACUGCGCGAUUCUUCUCUAUCCGUUCUGGACUUCAACAGCAACGACCUGAGUAGCCUCUAUCCUUUAGUCUUCUCAAAUUUGACAAAACUCAUACAAUUCAGUUUCACUUAUAACAAUCUCCCAAUAGACGAAAUUCAACCGGACUUUUUCGAGGGCAUGAAGGCAUUAAAGGUACUGAUAAUCAACUACAACCAAGUAAGACAAAUUAAUCCUCACAAUCAGACUUGGACAGUGGACUUAUCGGAGUUUCACUUAUCCGGUAAUCUGUUUACAGAAAUAUCUGCAUCUGUAUUUCUUGGUUUAGGAAAUUUAACUUUCUUAGACAUGAGCUCGAACAAGUACCUUUCUUUCUUUGAGCUGACGGCCUUUUCGGGACUUGACAAUAUUCAAACCAUUGAUUUGACCGGAAGCCGUAUAACUGUUCUGGAAUUGUACACCCCAAUAUUAAGAUCACUUUCCGUAAACUCUCUUCGUUCAGAAUUAAUUCCUUUGCGACCAGGAGAAUCGUUUCAACAUAUACAAUCCCUUGUUAAUUUAGACAUGAAAGACUCUCGGCUUAACAUUUAUAACAUAUGGAAUGAAAAUAGAAACGCGUCUCUUUUCGAUGGAUUAUUCGAUCUUAUUCAUUUGGAAUUGAGUAGUAACCCUUUCCUGAGUUUUAUAAGUGAUUUACCACCAGGGAUAUUCCAGCAACUCUCUGUUUUACAAGAACUAAAUCUAGACCACUGCGAUAUUACAAAUCUACAUCCUCUUGUCUUCUCGGGGUUGGAAUCGCUUCAGAAGUUGAGUUUGAAAGGAAACAACAUCCAGCAUAUUCAUGAUGAUGUAUUGUCGGGGAUGGGUCAAUUAAAAACUAUCAACUUUGAAGAAAACCGUAUCGCGUACUUGGAGGAGCUAAUGUUCUCAAAUAACUGGAAGCUCACCGAUCUUUCCUUGGCCAACAACAGAUUAACGCGCCUUAAUCAAAGCACUUUCAAGCCGAUCUUUUCCUCCAUUUCAUCACUUGAUCUAUCAAUGAACCCAAUCAAUUGUAACUGUGAUCUAAAGUGGCUUAUUGAUUGGUUAAAUGAACCUAUAGGCCUAAUAGACAAGGAAAAUACUAUCUGUUCGUCAGCAUCUCUGGAGCCUCUUCGUGAGAAACCCCUGCUUCAUUUUGAUCCAAAUGAACUCUGUAUAAUAAACUAUGGUAUAUUCUCUCUGAUUCCCCUCGCUUCCAUUAGCUUGGUUGUUAUCAGCGUGCUGGUGUAUCACUACCGAUGGCAGUUGAGGUACAAAUGUUUUCUCUUGAAACUGGCCGUAGUUGGCUAUAAAGAGAUGCGAGACGCUCGAGACAACAAUGACUACGAGUUUGACGUGAACAUCAUUUUCUACGACGAUGACGAAGAAUGGAUUCGCGAACAGCUCCGACCGGCUCUGGAAGAGCGGCUUCCACAGUUUCAGAGGAAUGUCUUUGGUGACGAAGACCUUGUAUUGGGUAUGCAUUACUUAGAUUCCGUCGAUUACGUGGUGAGCCGUAGUUACAAGACCAUCAUUGUGCUUAGCAGAGCUGCUGUGCACGACCACUGGUUCAUACUCAAGUUCCGGACGGCCAUGGACCACGUGAGUGACACUCUGACGGAAUUCGUAUUUGUGGUUUUCCUCGAAGACAUCCCAGAUGAUGAAAUGCCAUUCUUGGCGAGGUUGUAUCUCAGUGAUGGCAGACCCUAUAUUCACUGGACUGAAAACGUGAGAGGACAACAAUAUUUCUGGGAUGAAUUGACCAAAAAUCUGACCAUUAAUCUAAGGACGAAUGACUUGAUCCCAAACGAUUACUCGUCCUUUCAAUCUUUACAUCAAAACGAUGGAGAUUCGGCGAUGACAUCCUUAACACUGGACAUGGAAAAAUCUUUCCAUGGAUGUGAUCAGAACCUUGAACUUAAAAAAGCUUCUUGCCGCGAUAAAGACCUGGAGACGGUUCCCCAGAAUCUUUCUCAGGAUACCGAGGUGCUUGACUUGUCUAAGAACAAUAUCACCAAACUCUUGAACUCCUCGUUUGAAGAAUACCCUCUAAUCAACUCCUUGAACAUUUCUUCUAAUGAUAUCUUAAAAAUCAACCCUAUCCAAUCAGUAGACCCUGGUGUGAUCGCAUCACUACAUGUUCGCUCGUUGGUGCUAGGUGGCUACAAUUUAAGUUACGAGGUGCUAGCGAACAUCAUCCUCGGAAUCUCACAAUCAGACAUCGAACAGCUCACAAUCAUGAAAGGAUCCGUUGGUGCGUUUCCUGAAGAUUUCUUUGAUCCACUGCGCGAUUCUUCUCUAUCCGUUCUGGACUUCAACAGCAACGACCUGAGUAGCCUCUAUCCUUUAGUCUUCUCAAAUUUGACAAAACUCAUACAAUUCAGUUUCACUUAUAACAAUCUCCCAAUAGACGAAAUUCAACCGGACUUUUUCGAGGGCAUGAAGGCAUUAAAGGUACUGAUAAUCAACUACAACCAAGUAAGACAAAUUAAUCCUCACAAUCAGACUUGGACAGUGGACUUAUCGGAGUUUUACUUAUCCGGUAAUCUGUUUACAGAAAUAUCUGCAUUUGUAUUUCUUGGUUUAGGAAAUUUAACUUUCUUAGACAUGAGCUCGAACAAGUACCUUUCUUUCUUUGAGCUGACGGCCUUUUCGGGACUUGACAAUAUUCAAACCAUUGAUUUGACCGGAAGCCGUAUAACUGUUCUGGAAUUGAACACCCCAAUAUUAAGAUCACUUUCCCUAAACUCUCUUCGUUCAGACUUGCUUCCUUUGCGACCAGGAACAUUUCAAAAUUUACAUUCCCUUGUUGAAUUAGACAUGAAAGACUCUAUCCUUGACCUGUUUUACCUAUGGAAUGCAACUGCAAACGCGUCUCUUUUCGAUGGGUUAUUGAAUCUUAUUCAUUUGGAUUUGAGUAGUAACCCUUUCCUGAGUUUUAUAAGUGAUUUACCACCAGGGAUAUUCCAGCAACUCUCUGUUUUACAAGAGCUAAAUCUAGACCACUGCGAUAUUAAAAAUCUACAUCCUCUUGUCUUCUCGGGGCUGGAAUCGCUUCAGAAGUUGAGUUUAAAAGGUAACAACAUCCAGCAUAUUCAUGAUGAUUUAUUGUCGGGGUUGGGUCAAAUAAAAACUAUCAACUUUGAAGGAAACCGUAUCGCGUACUUGGAGGAGCUAAUGUUCUCAAAUAACUGGAAGCUCACAAAUCUUUCCUUGGCCAACAACAGAUUAACGCGCCUUAUUCAAAGCACUUUCAAGCCGAUCUUUUCCUCCAUUUCAUCACUUGAUCUAUCAAUGAAUCCAGUUAGCUGUAACUGUGAUCUAAAGUGGCUCAUUGAUUGGUUAGGUGAACCUAUACGCCUGAUAGACAAGGAAAAUACUAUCUGUUCGUCAGCAUCUCUGGAGCCUCUUCGUGAGAAACCCCUGCUUGAUUUUUAUCCAAAUGAGCUCUGUAUGCUAAACAAUAGUCUAUUCUCUCUGAUUCCCCUCAUCUCCAUUAGCUUGGUUGUAAUCAGCGUGUUGUUGUAUCACUACCGAUGGCAGUUGAGAUACAAACUCUUUCUCUUGAAACUGGCCGUAGUUGGCUAUAAAGAGAUGCGAGACGCUCGAGACAACAAUGACUACGAGUUUGACGUGAACAUUAUUUUCUACGACGAUGAUGAAGAAUGGAUUCGCGAACAUCUUCGACCGGCUCUCGAAGAACGGCUUCCACAGUUUCAGAGGAACGUCUUCGGUGACGAAGACCUUGUAUUGGGUAUGCAUUACUUAGAUUCCGUCGAUUACGUGGUGAGCCAUAGUUACAAGACCAUCAUAGUGCUUAGCAGAGCUGCUGUGCACGACCACUGGUUCAUACUCAAGUUCCGGACGGCCAUGGACCACGUGAGUGACACUCUGACUGAAUUCGUAGUCGUGGUCUUCCUCGAAGACAUCCCAGAUGAUGAAAUGCCAUUCUUGGCGAGGUUGUAUCUCAGUGAUGGCAGACCCUAUAUCCACUGGACUGAGAACGUGAGAGGACAAGAAUAUUUCUGGGAUGAAUUGACCAAAAAUCUUACCAUCAAUCUAAGGACGAAUGACUUGAUCCCAAACGAGUAGCAUAACAGUCAUGUAGGAACCUAGAGAAACGUGUGAUGGUUAUCAGUAAUGAAAGUGGUUGUAGUAGUAGUAGUAGUAGUAGUAGUAGUAGUAGUAGUAGUUGUAGUAGUAGUAGAAGUAGUAGUAGUAGUACUACUACUAGUAGUAAUAGUUUUCGUGGUGAAUGUAGUAAGCAUAAUCGCGCUACCGAUAUUGUUAAUAUUAUACUAUUAUCCUCAAAUAAUAAAUUGUCUUCUUAAUGUUCUCAUUCACCAUCAU